AUGGAAAAUUACAUCGAUCUUGACGACUCUCAGGCGGUAUGGUAUUCAAAAGACAGUCUUGUCCUUCGAAAAGAGAUGGGUUACACGUCUAUGGAAGAGAAUGAGACUUUAGUCGAUCCCAUGAAAGAACCAGAAAAGCCUUACAUCCUGACACCAAAGAUGUUCAAACGAGCUCGCAUCAAGUGUCCGACUCCAGAAAAAAAGCAUAACAACCUUAUUCAACUCCAACCACCGGGUCCAUCUCAACUGUUACACGAAAACACGGUUGAAAACGCGACUCCUCAGCCAAGGAAGGUCAAGUUUCGGGGUUUACCGGUCAAUAACAAUAUCAGGUCUCCCUUCUUGCUGAACACUCCACCAUUGGCUUUUGCUGUUCGUACUGUACGCGCUGCUAUCGCAUCCGUACCACCUCCGUCACCCCGUCCGGAUUACCGUGAAAUGUUUUUUCUGCCUCCUCCACCUCAACCAUCAUCUCUUCCUCGUCCUCAUCCAGUUCAGAAUAAUUUAGUUCCGCCGCGAAAUGUAAGGCUUCUAUUUUUUGAUGAAGUAGUCUUUCUGAUAAUUCCAGGCACACCCGUUGCCACCAUCUACUGUUAUUACUCCGGUCUCAUUUUCUCCUUUUAAUGUUGGUAUCUUCCAAUCUAUGAUACUCCGUCUUCCGAGUGGAGCCAACAUUGGAAUUGAGGAUUUAGUUCGUGGAAGGCUGAUUGGUGUUAUUUUUGCAGCUGAUUUUUGUCCAGCUUCGCAGAAUUUCUUUCAGAAACUCCAGGUGAGCCAAGUUUGUUACCUAAACAAGUUUAAUUUUAGAUUUUUUACGAAAAUAUUCGAAGUCUAGGAAAGAAUUUCGAGGUAAUUUGGGUUCCUGGUGGUUUUGAUGAGAACGGGCAGAGUAGAAUGCAACAAACAGCUCGAUGGCCACAUUUGGAACCAACCGAUAUCAGAGUUGCGUAAGUUUUGGGUUAGAUCGUGUUUGAAAGUUAGUUGAGAAUGUUUGGAUUGUCUUAUCCUUUUGUUUUAGUCACUUCCUUCAAUACUUCAACAUCCAGAAAAUUCCCAGUUUCCAUUUGUGCACUCCUCAGGGUGAGAUUUUGUCUUCUACUGGCUAUGAAGAAAUAUUUUUCUCCAAUGAUCCACCAAUCAAGGUCUGGAGGGGAUGGAAGAGGCGAUACUCUCACAGAUUACUGAUUAUCUGA